CACAAAUAAUUGGGCACUUUUUCUCAUGAUUGAAGUCUCUUUCAGAUACUGAGCACAAUUAGCUGAACGUAAAGGAUAACAAUCGCAUUCUACUUGCUUUGCUUAAUUUUCACAAUGCUUGAUCGCAGAUAAAGCAGAAGUGAAGAUCUCUCUUCUUUGUUACUAGCAGCCUUGUAGUCCUGAAUGCCUAUUGUUUUCUUUGAAAAAUCAACGGUUUCUUCUCGCUGAUUUGUGUAUAAGUAGGGAUUGCGACUUAUCUCGGUUCGAACAUCAUUCCUCCUCAUCAUCAUCAUUAACAACACAGCAAUAACAACUGAAACAACUUGAACAACAGCAUUCAAACAGCAAUUGGAAGCAGACAGUGGACAAUAGCGCAGAAAUCACAGAAUAAAAUGGCGUCUCCUCAUAACAGCACUGACCCAAAGUCUCUAUCUACCGUGCUAGCAGAGGUUCUUGGAGAGCUAACCCUAGCCGCAGAGAAAUGCUAUGACCUUAGACGGGCGCUAGACGCUCCCUUGCAGAAGUUCAACCGUGGACAGAAGAAACAAAGGAAAAUGAGAGAGGUAACCGAAGAGUCUCUCGGGUCUGCCCGCAGCAUAGGGGCAGAGAUCAAGCAACGACUAACGGACACGCUCUCGUCUACACCGCUCCUGCCUACUGACGAUGCCGACAUGAUCGAAUACGCCAUCAGGCGAUUCGAUUCAGCGCUGGAAAAUAUCGAGCACCAGAAAGUCGCGGGACUUCUCCAGAUAAUUGAUACGGCUCAUCUCGACUUUUUUCGAGCUCAUGGAGAUAUAGAAAGUAUUCAGAACGAGCAAGCCCGCGAUCAACUGAAGACUGCGCUGAAUGUACUUGACCAAGCGCUUGCAGGAUUUAGGAAGAGCGUUGAGCGCAAUUGCCAGGGCGUGAUCCUCGACCUCACCAAAGGGUAUACCCACGUUCCAGACGAACGACAGGCUGCUCCAACCCCAGCGCCUACGACCUCAGCAGCAAGCACUUCUCUGAACGUAACUCAGGGCACACCAGCUAGCCGGGAGCGGCUCAGGUAUCUGAAAUACUUGAAAAAAAGAGCAGCAGAAUAUGAAGCUGCUCAAUCAGCCCAGGCAACGCCACCCACUCCGAUCACAGCAACCCUGCCUGAUGAAAGCCAGGGGUCUUUGGUCUCUCCUGUGUCAACUGUUGACUCAACGGUAUCAAAUCCCACUCAAUUCGAUCGUUCCAACCCUCCCAACCUCUCUCUCCUUUCCGAAUGGCUAGGUUUCGGCACUGACUCUAUCGCCACAGCACUACUACUAAACAGCGCGGAAGUACAAGCCUCUUUCCGCCAGUGGCGUUCAGCGCCCGGCCAGCCGACUAUCGCAGACCAGCCCGAAAAGCUCAAGCUCGUUAUGGUCUUCUUCACAUACUCCCGAGAGUCCCUGGUAAACUGGUCCGAGUCGAGGCUGAGCUCCCACAGACGCGCAGAUGGCAUAACCUUCGCUGCGGCGGUGUUCGCUAAGCAAGUAGUGCAGUACUUCGAGAAUAGCUGUGAGGAUAUCGACUGGACGCCGGUCUCUGCUAGACAUGGGCUUGACUCGUAUGAUAUUGCGCGAAGACGCUGGGCUAUAGCGCUCCAGAUCUUCUGGUUUCUCGAGAAGACAUACGGUAACACACCACCCCCGACUUCAGGGCAAGAGCUUACUAAUAUGCUGUCUAAUAUGAAGCAGCUGUCGUAGUGCAUAAAUGAAAGCAACUCACGAAAAACAUCCAGUGGAAUAAUGUUCCUUUUCACCUACUUAAAUUAGAUAGGGGCUUGGGGGUUGGCGUUUUUGAUUUCCAGAGGGAAAAGUAACACGGUAACCCUCUACUUUAGAUACACCCAACUAAGUAAUGAAAUGUUC